AACAUAAACUGCAUUUCAUUGCUUUUUUUCCUUUCUUUCAUUUAAAGGCAGCCAUUAGGGCACCUUAUCAGGUUUUCUCCACUGUAAGGGCAGCCUUGAGCACACUUUUAUGGCAUAGAGUCUACCAUACUGUCACCCUGGUCAGCUAUUUUGACUGGGGGUUGUCCGGCAGCGUCAAAUAAAGUGUGCUGAGUUUGCGAUCAGAAAUGCAGCCGUGGCCGCAGUGUGGGGACUCCAGGCCACGCCCCCUGUGUGAAGCGCGCGCGGGGGCAGAUGGGGCGGGUGGGGGGUUGCCUCGGUGCUCUCCAUGCCCAAUAGUAACCGGAACGCCUGUCACUAGACACACACACAGACAAGCACACACACGCAAUAGACUUCAUUACACCCAACUCGCUUACUUCACGGUAUAAACCGACACACGACACGGACAGUAUGGCUACAGUCUUACGUGGGUGAAAAUGAGCCAGUGAAACCACUCAGCAGACUUCAAGCUCUGGACCUCACGAUGAAUCCAAUGACCCAAGGGUCUCAUGACACUGUGUAGUGGCCUUUUACACAGAGGACUGUCAUGGCAUGCAUUAAAAAUUUGUUCUUAUUGGAUAUAUCCACCGGCCAAUCUGAUUAUCGGAGCCCCCGUGAUUAAACACAGUGACUGGACAUCUGAAGUGCCAUGGCGAAGACAACAGAAAUCCUGAACCUGUCCUUCCUCCAGGAGCACGAGCGAGAGAUGAUCCUCAGCGUCCUGCAAAAAGAUGAAAAACUCCGCAAACGAGAGGAAAAGCGCAUCAGAAAGCUGAAGAAUGAGCUUUUGGAGCUGAAGCGUCGUGGUCGGCGCGGUAAUCCCGAGCAGCGGGAGUGUGGCGUGUGCCUACGUGCUCUAGGUCUAAUCCUCCAGAGGGGAAGUGUGUGUUUUGAGUGUCACCGUCGUGUCUGCAGCUACUGCACAGCCGUGCCCUCGAACAGCGGCAACACUAAGUGCACUGUCUGUGCCAAAUCUGCGGAGCUGAAGGUGGUCACAGGUGAGUGGUUUUUUGAAGAACGGGCCAAGCGCUUUGAACGCAUGACAGUCCCUAGCAGUGAUGUUGUCAAACAGUCCAUCCUCAGCAGUGUUCCAGAUGGACGCUCUGGCCAGAAGAAACUUUCCCCAUCAGGACUGGACCGGCCAGCCACGCCUCAGUCUGAGCGGUCAGCCUCGCCCCAAUCGGAGAAGAGUGUUGGCCGGUACAUAUUCAAGAAGAAAGGGACCAGACCGGUGGCUGUAGAGUCAUCAGGGUUACCGACGACACCGAAUAACAUGCGCGCACACCCAGGCCGAUCUCCGUCACAGGCUGAAGGAAGGAAAAGGCCCGAUGGGGCUGAGAGUGUGUGCAGUGUACACAGCAGUGACAGUAUUCCUGAGAAGAUCAGCAAUGGAGGGAAGCGAAAAGAGUCAGGCACACCCUCUAUCGCUGUGUCCAGAGCCUCCAUUUCAUCAGACCGCAGUCGCUCCGAGGUCGAUCUUAGUCAUCUUGGUGAUGGGUUUAGUAAUGACCCCCUGCCUGGCCGCAGCCGCUCAGUUCCUGGGCUCAAUGAUGCCGAGUCGGAUGAAGACAUUGAUGCCCUGAUGUCUGCACACUACAAAACCAGCCGCAGUGUCAGCAGUGCUCAAUCUGUGAGCAGUCUGAACAGUAUUAUGAGCGUGUACAGUGAGAUGGGAGACUACGGCAACGCGCGUGUUUCCGGAGAGAUCCUGCUGAACAUCUCCUACAGCUAUAAAACCGGAGCACUCAACGUUCUAGUGCGAGAGUGCCGCUGCCUAGCAACCGGAGACGACCGGAGACAGCGGACUGACCCUUAUGUCAAAACCUACCUCUUACCAGACAAGUCACGCCAGAGCAAACGAAAAACCAGCAUCAAAAGCAACACCACCGACCCUGUAUUCAACGAGAACCUGAGGUAUGUGGUGAGUCAUUCCCAGCUGGAGACGCGUACUCUACAGGUUUCUGUGUGGCAUCAUGACCGCUUUGGACACAACACCUUCUUAGGAGAGACUGAGCUGACCUUUGACUCCUGGGAAUUUGACAAACAGAUAGAGGAUUGGUUCCCUUUGCAACCCAGAGCUGAGUGCUCUACAGACUCUCUGAUGCAGUAUAAGGGAGAGUUGACUGUGGUGCUUAAGUACAUUCCUGCAGAGAGGAACCUUUCACUGCCACUGGACCAAAUACAAGUUAAAAGGGGUUUUCUGAAAGGGAAGAAGAGUAUCACUCUGCCAAAAGGGGGCAUGGUGGAGCUGCUGGUUAAAGAAGCCAAAAACCUGACAGCUGUUAAAUCAGGCUCUUCUGAUCCAUUUGUCAAAGGGUACCUGCUGCCUGAUGACAAGAAGAGCACAAAACACAAGACUGCAGUGGUGAAGCGUUCGGUGAACCCACGCUGGAAUCACACCUUUACCUACUGCGGCCUGCAGCACAGUGACCUGGAUAGUGUGUGUCUGGAGCUCACUGUCUGGGACAAAGAGCCACUCGCCAGUAAUGUCUUCCUUGGGGGAGUGCGACUAGGAGCUGGGACCGGUCUGAGCUAUGGGAAGUUGGUGGACUGGAAUGAUUCCUACGGCGAGGAGCAGCGACUAUGGCAACGCAUGAUUGACAACCCAGAGGUUCCACAGGAGUGCACGCUGAUGCUGAGGUCCAGCAUGGCUAAGAGAAAGACGUAGAGAAAGAGGUGCAAAGGGAUAGAUAUGCGUCUUGCAAUAUUCAUCAAAAGCUACUGCUCCUUGUCACCUUAUAGAAAAGUGCACUUUGCAUACACAGAUAGAUGCUACAUUAUGAUACACACAGACACAAACAGAAACAUUGUCCUCGAGAUUAGCCCUGAUCACUGCAUUUUAAAAGCCAGACAUUCACAAACAUGACCAUACAGUCUUGCUGUCUAUAUGAACACCCUGUCCUUCAUCACUGUGUCUCUCCACUGCACAAGCAUGCACAAAUAUAGCCAAACUCACAACACACAUAACUUCAUCCAAGGUCAUGGCUGUAAACAGCACAACAGCUAUCUUAAAAGACAAAAAAAUUGCUCACACACAUUUAUAAUGGCACAAAUCAUUCUAUUCAAAGUGCACACAAAUUAGAUAAACUAUAAACAGCUAAGCACGCUCACUGCCAUUCUUAGCUAGAUAGAAAAAAUUCUGCUUUUAGUGCAAAUUUAUUGUGAGGAGUCUGUUUCCUGUGCUGUUGUAGCGAUGAGACGGAAAUCAAGCACACUUCAGUGAUUCAGUACAUGUCUCUCCAGUAGUGCAUGCCUGAAGCAGUGUUCACUGAGCAUUAGAUCUGAGCUGCUCUACCUCAGGCUGUCUUCGUGUCCAGAGUGAUAGAGGGCGAUAUGAUAAAAUAUCAUAACACAACUUAAAGACAUUUCUGUAACACACAAUACAUAUCAAUAUAUAGAUUUGCUAACAAACUGCCAGCAAAACAGUAAAACAACAUGUUAAAAACAGAGUUAAAUGAUACUAUUAUUUAAUGUCUGCACAUGACAAAGUGGUGUUAGCUUGUUCUCCCCUUGUCCAAAUCAGUGUCCUUCCAGGUUCUCCAUGUUCCUCCCACUUCCAAAUAUAUGGCAGCAGGUGGAUUGGCUUCAUUGCUCUUAGGUGUGAAUGAGUGUGUGAGUGUGUGGAUGGUACCUUCUGAUGGACUGGUGUUUAUAUAUAUAUAUAUAUAUAUAUACAUAUAUAAGGCUGACUUUGAAACACACAUGCACCCUCUAGAUUUGUGUGAGGUUGAAGAGGAUUUGAUUAACAAGCUACCAUUGUAUUGUUAGUCCUUCAUUCCUGUUUGUAAAAGUACAGUGAGCCUUAAAAACAAGACAUGGCAUCACACUUCUCAAGUAUAACCAGUCUCACAUUUGCCUGAGUCAUAUUUGUAAGGCUUUCUGGUAGUAAGGUAUGACUUAUAUGUGUUAAAUGUUAAGUUGGUGUGUUUGUUGCCUGACUGUGAAGCAUGUUCAGUGUGUGUGUGUGUGUGUGUGUGUGUGUGUGUGUGUGUGUGUGUGUGUGUGUGUGUGUGUGGGCGCGCGCGCAUCGUCAGAUCUGAGCAGGGAGAUUGCUCAGGAAUCUGCUCACAGAGAUUGUUUAUGCAUUUUCAGAUACCCUUUAGGAAGUACACAAUAAACUAUAUUAACCUC